GUCAGUAAACCAAAAAGCUGAGACCAAAAAGAAAAACAAAGAAAGGGUUCCAUUUUUCAUUAUAAUUUCUCUCCUCAAAGCACUUUCUUCAAAAUCACUUCCCCUGCUGUUAUCGCCUUUCGAUUCUGCCACCCAUUUCUCCGACACCUUCCCCUUCCCCAAAAACCACUUCCAUUUUGUUCAAACUUUUCAAUUUUAUGGCCGGAAUCCCCUCUGAGGGGUUGGGGGAUGAUUUUUUCGAGCAGAUUCUGGCGGUUCCGUCGGCUUACGGCGGCGGAGGUGGCGGCGAUAUGGUGUCUAUGCCUAUGGGUUUGCAACUUGGGUCCGGCGGCGGUGGCGGCGGAGGAAUGGGUAUGCCUUUGGGACUGAAUUUAGAACAAGGGUUUUUGAGACAAGAGAGGUUUAGAGAAGAAAUUGAUGGGCAUAAUAAUAAUGCUUCUUCUUCUUCAACUGCUUCUUCAGGAAUCACUGAGAGAGAUUCUUCGAUGCAGCACAUGACGAACUUGUUUCCGACCUUUGGACAUCUGCAGACUCAACAACUCCGCCCACCGCCGCCGUUACAUCUCCACCAGCCCUUUCACAAUCAGACAACCCCCGGGACGGUAGCUGCCGUACCACAACCACCUCAAGUCCGUCCAAGAGUUCGAGCAAGACGAGGGCAAGCGACCGAUCCUCACAGUAUUGCCGAAAGGUUGCGUCGAGAAAGAAUUGCAGAAAGAAUGAAAGCCUUGCAGGAGUUAGUUCCUAGUUGCAAUAAGACUGAUCGAGCGGCAAUGCUCGAUGAAAUUGUGGAUUAUGUAAAGUUUCUUAGGCUUCAAGUAAAGGUUUUAAGCAUGAGUAGACUAGGUGGGGCUGGUGCGGUGGCUCAACUUGUGGCCGAUGUGCCCCUAUCAUCAGUCGAGGGAGAAGGCAUUGAGAGUGGCAGCAAUCAGCAAGCAUGGGAAAAGUGGUCAAGUGAUGGCACAGAGCAACAAGUAGCCAAAUUAAUGGAAGAAGAUGUGGGAGCUGCCAUGCAAUUCCUACAAUCUAAAGCUCUAUGCAUCAUGCCUAUCUCGUUAGCCUCAGCAAUCUUCAGGACACACCAAGCAGAUCCACAAAUCUUAGUCAAGCCAGAAAUGAACACUCCCUAGACCACGGGCUCUGACGACAUCGCAAUUGGCACAUGCCCUUUCUCAUACUCAACCGUUCUAAUUUUUUCUAUCUUUUCUUAACUAUGAAUAUAAUGUCAGUAUAAUAUCUAGUCUUUCUAAUUUCUUAUUUUAAGAGGCGUAUUCAAGUCAAUGCAACUGUUUUAAGCUUGAAAGUAGUACUUGAAGUGCUUCUUCUUUGCCAAGCUCAAGUUUAAAGAAAGUGAUUUUCAAAAGGUCAA